GCCCCAGUGCAAUUGCGUCUGCCUCUGCACAAACAUUCCACCUCCAUCCACCAUCCACACCUCGUCUUUCUCCCACCAACAUCCACCACCACCCAAACCUCACUUGUCUCGUCUCGUCAGCCACGAUCACGACGACGUCGUCUCUCCCACCUUGCGGCACCCUUUUCUUUUCCUACCUAUUUUUUUUCUUCCUCUUCAUCGGCAAGAGUUACGCAACUGAAGAAACCCCCACCAAAGCUGUCGUGUCGAUACGGGACAGUGAAUAAUUGAUUCCCUCCAAUUUUCCCAUCGUGGAAAACCCCUCCCCUCAUACAAACAAACCCAGCAAUGUCUGAGGUACAGACUCGGCCUGCCGCCUCGCGCGGCAGAGGCUCUGCACGCGGUGGAAGAGGUGGUUUCGCCAGCCGAGGUGGUCGCACCUCGGGCAGAACCAAUGGCGACAAGUUUGACUCCAACGCCGACGAUGCGUUUGAGGACCAAGGCGAGCUCGGCGAGCUGAAGAAACAAUACGGAUCCAAGGCGCCCCUCAUCAAGGAGCUCUUCCCCGAUUGGUCUGAGCAGGAUAUUCUCUAUGCUCUUCAAGAGACGGAUGGUGAUGAGAACCUCACCGUCACCCGCAUUGCUGAAGGCACCAUCUCCCAAUGGGGCGAAGUCACGAAGAAGGCUCCCCGCUCCAAGGCCAAGGACUCCACGACCGCAGCCUCGAACAUCGACUCAUCCAACGCUAGACCCACUCGUGGCGGACGCAACGUCUCUGAGGCUGGUCGCGGUCGCGGAAGAACUGCUGAGAGAGGAGGUCGCGGUGGCCGGGGCAGGGCCUCAAACACAGUAGCUACUAAUGGCUCUCGCCAUAACAAGGAGAAUGCUCAACCGCUCUCUGUUCCUACCGAGGAGUCGAACGCAUGGGAUACCCCGAAGCUAGACGUUAAGGACGCACCCGCCGAGGACCCCUGGGCACCCAAGGAGACGACCGAGAAGCCUGCAGCUCCCGCUCCUACUCCUGCGGCCGCCGCCGCUUCCACCGACGCGCCCAAGCCUGCCGCUGCCGCUCCCAAGACGUGGGCUAGCAUGCUCCGUCAAUCCACCGUGCCCAAGGUUGCCCCGAAGCCGCCCAAGGAGGAGCCCGCGCCCAAACCUGCCGAACCCAUCGAACCUCUCCCUCCUGCCGUCCCUGCCGUCGAACCUACACCCGAACCUGAGCCCGAACCCGAGGCACAGCCUGAGCCUGCUGCCCCCGUCGAACUCCCUGUAGAACCCGCCCAUGAAGAACCAGCUCCUGCAGAAGUAGUCGACGAAUCGCAUCCUCCCGCGACUGCUACCGUCGCAAGCACCGCCGCCGAUUCCUGGGAUCCUCGCCACAACGCCGCCAGCGCCACCGCGACACCUCUGUCUGCCUCCCAGCAGCAGCACCAGCCCAUCCGCCCUGCUGUUCCCACUACUAACAGCGGCUUCGCCGCUUCCGCCAUCAAGGCCACCACCGAGAGAGGAUCCCGCACCCCGAGCUACCAGCGUCGCGUUCUUGAUCAGGAGGAGGCCGUCCGCAUGCCUGGCAACCGUGAGGUUGACCGCGCUGCCGUCCAGUUCGGUGCUUUCAGCUUGAACGAGGAUGAUGACAUUGACGGUGAUCGCGAAGAGCCCGAGACCCGGACUCAGCCUCCCGCUGAUUCUCCCGUCGCUCACCCCCGAACCUCUCUUCCUCCCGCUCCUCAGCAGGCUCCCGUUCCCGAAGCCAUCGGUACUCAGAAGCCUGCUCCUGGCCUGCCUCCUCCUGCUGCUGCUGCCACUCCUACCGGUACACUUGCUUCAACUAGCAAUGUCACCGACUUUGCUAAUGCCCCCUUCUCAGGACCCGCAAGCGCUGCUCCCCAGGCUCCCGCCGGUCAGGUCCCUCAACCUGCCGCUGCCGCCGCCCAGCCUUACUCCCGCUUCGGCCAGGCUGGCCCCCAGGAGCCCUCGUCCUUCCCCCAAAAGUCGAUCGAUCCUUUCACUCAGUCGAACAACCCCGCUGCCUCGCAGACUCAGUUCGACAGCUUCUCCAACCAGCAAUCGCAACAGAGCCAGCAACCCGGUGGAGCCUUCAGCUCUGCUCCCAGCGACUACUCCUCCUACUACACGGCGGACCAACAAAACCGUCCCCCUUACAACUACUACAGCCAGCCCUACGGCCAGCAGGGAGCUCAGGGUCACCAGGACAACCUGUCUUCCCAGCAGAGAUCUUUCGGUGGUUACAAUGCUUCGCAGGCUGAUAACUUGAGCCAGUACCCCCAGAGCGGCGGUCUGCAGAACCAGUCCCGUUACGGAGGUGUCACGAACGACGCCCAGAACAGCGGACACAGCACCCCGAACCCCACCGCCCAGAGCCAGCAGGCCGCCAGCCAGGCCUCGCAGCCUCAGUCUCACGGCCAACAAAGCUACCCCUACAACAACCACCCCUACUACAACAACGCUUACUACUCGAGCUACAUGGGCUACGGAAACCACUACGGUCAGCAGGGAGGAUAUGGCGGUGCUCCGUACGGCGGCAACAAGGGAUAUGGCGGCCACCCCGGAUACGGCAUGUCGCCCCAGGGCCCCUACGACCACGCCUCGUCCCCUGCUGCUGGCUUCGGCCAGUCAUCUCUGCACCGUGCCGAUAGCGCUCUGAGCUCAGGACUUGGAGGUGACUUUGGAGGCCGCGCUGGUUCCGCCCAGUCUGGCAACCAGCCCGGCCUGGCCGGCAGUGGCUUCGGCGGUGUUCAGGACACCUUUGGCCGUGGCUCCUCUUCGUUCCAGAGCCCUGCUGGACAAGGAUUUAACAGCACUGCCCAGUCGAACGCUGCUUCUGCCAACGAUGAUCUGAAGCCUUUCGGUGAGAGCAAGCCCGGUGCCGGUCCCUCGCCUUCUCUCGGCGGCGCUCGCCCCGGCUCGGCCACGAACACCCCUUCGGGUCAGACUGGUCUCCCCCCGCCCCAGUCCGCCUCUCAGAUGGGUGGCUACGGCGGUUACCCCAGUCAUCUCCAGGGCCACAACCUGCACGGAAACAGUGCCUACGGCAUGGGAGGCGCUUCCGGCGGUCAGCACGGCAGCGCUCCGUUCGGAUCCUACGGCCAGCAGGGCGCUUACGGCAGUGGAUACUACGGUAGCGGCGGCCAGCAACAGCAGCGCGGCGGUUGGGGCGGAAACUACCACUAGGAAGGUAGUGGUCGUCGGCCAUCUCACCCACGUCAUUACGGUGGAAUGAGAGGUGGCUAAGGCCUCGGUGCCCCCGAACACGUCGUUAACUGUUUACAAGACUCUCUCUCUCUUUGGGCCUGCAGAUGGUUAUAAGCUGCAGGUGGCAAGGAUAAUUCAUGCGGUCUCUUUCUACGGGGAAACUUUCUUCUCUCUACUCAUUACCCAAGUGUAUGGUCUUCGAGCGUGUACGAUCUAUCAACAAAAAAAGAAUCAGGGAGGGGAAACACUUUCGGAUGGUCACCGGCCGCAACGGAACUGUGUUUUUUGUUUUCUUUUUCGCGAUGGGAAGGUCUCAUCAGGCUUUUCUAAGAAUGAUAGCCGGCGGCGUGGUGGUAUGCGGCCUUGAAAAUUCGAUUGAAAUGACAGAUGGAACGGAUCCGGCGGGAGGGUUGGUCGUUGGUCGUUGCCCGAUGGAGGGCCAAAUACUGAGAUUGAACUCCUUGGAAAGGGAGCACGAUAGCCAAUGAAGACACAUGGCAU